GUUCAGGUCGGCCAUGUGAAUUGUCAUCUCAGUGCUGCCAAAUUCCAUAAUGGAUCUGAGGAAGGAUGGGGGAGGCCAGUGGUCGACCCCAGGACCCUCUGCUGCUGCUCCCUCCGACUCCACAUGCCACAGGAGCACCUUGGUAGUCUUCCUCCUCUUCUUCCUCAUAGUUGGAGUCUUUGUGGGACUCCUUAUUGCGUACCUGGUGCAGGAGCAGCAUUACUUCAUGGAGACGAUGCAGCUGAAGGGUCUCAAGUACAAUGCAUCUCUGCAGGAUCAGAACUCGGGGUUCUCCAUAGUGCUGACAUCUGUUUUAAACACAAAGAUUAAGAAUGUUUUUGCCUCAUCUUCGGUAUCCCAUCACUAUGUUGACUGCAACGUCAUAGCUUAUGGCAACAUGAACGGUGACGUGAUGGCCACAUUCAGACUGGUCUUCUGGGUCUCCAAAGUCCAGCAGUAUUCUGAAAACUUCAUUCAAGACCUGCUGAGAGCAGGGCUCACCUCCGUGAUGCACGGGAACCCGCUGGCGGUGCCUGAGUUUGGACAGAUCAGCGCUAUCGUCUUACUGGGGGCCAGUGGGAAGUCAUUUUAUGCUAUUGGAGAAGAUAUGACGGCCAGUUGUCCUGACAGCGACUUCAGCUGUGACAAUGGCGAGUGUGUGACUAAAGUCAACCCAGAGUGUGACUUUGUCCCAGACUGUGUCGACGGAUCUGACGAAGCUCACUGUGCGUGUGGUUUGCGUAGCGCCGCGGGGAACCGCAUAGUGGGCGGCGAAGACGCUCAACAAGGAGAGCUGCCGUGGCAGGUCAGUCUGAGGCUACACGGACAACACACGUGUGGAGCCUCCAUCAUCAACGAAAGGUGGCUGGUCAGCGCGGCACACUGCUUCGAGAGGGACAAAAACCCCAAAGAGUGGACAGCACUGGUCGGGGCCAGUCUGGUGAGCGGCGAGGAGUCCCAGACCAAAACAGUGAACAUCAAGACACUGAGAGUGUCGCCGGAGUACAACCCCAUGACCACUGACACUGACGUGGCUGUUCUGGAGCUGGAGACCCCCCUCACCUUCAGUCCGUAUGUCCAACCUGCCUGUCUGCCCUCCCCGUCUCACGUCUUCAGUCCUGGACAGAGAUGCGUGGUGUCAGGAUGGGGCUCUCUGCACAUGUUCAGCAGCGACGUGCCUCCCACCCUGCAAAAAGCUGUGGUUAAAAUCAUCGACUCCAAGGUGUGCAAUAAGUUGCCUGUGUACAGGGGAGCAAUCACAGCCAACAUGAUGUGUGCAGGCUUCCUGCAGGGCAAGGUGGACUCCUGUCAGGGCGAUUCUGGGGGACCUCUGGUGUGCGAGGGUGCCCCUGGUAGGUUCUUCCUGGCUGGGGUGGUGAGCUGGGGUAUCGGCUGCGCCCAGAUCAACAGGCCCGGGGUUUACUCCCGGGUCACCAAGCUCCACCACUGGAUUCUUCGCCAGACUGACCCCGGCUCACCCCAUUACUCAGUCCCAGAGUGGACUGUCACUGCUCCAGCUGCCAGUGGUCAUCAUCCAUCCAGUCCCAGGACGGCUCCAGUACUUCCUGUUUCUAACUGCAGCGGGAGCUUCCAAUGCAGCGCCACUUCCUGUAUCAGCAAAGUCAACCCAGAAUGUGAUGGAGUCCCAGACUGCCCCAAUCAAGCUGAUGAGAGGAACUGUGAAUGCGGUGAACGUCCUGCGCUGGGCUCCAACAGGGUUGUGGGUGGGAUCACAGCUCGCAGGGGGGAGUGGCCUUGGAUCGGCAGCCUCCAGUACCGGAGACGGCACCAAUGCGGCACCACGCUCAUUCACAGUAAAUGGUUACUGACGGCGGCACACUGCUUCAAAAGUGACCCCAACCCCACCUACUGGGCAGCGAGGCUGGGAUCUGUGCUGCGUUCAGGCGUGGGAGCCCCGGUCAUCCCCAUCCAGCGGGUCAUCAUCCACCCAGCUUUCAAUAGCACCAGCAUGGACCGUGACGUGGCCCUCCUGGAGCUGCUGGUCCCGGCCCCCGUGUCCCACACCAUCCAGCCCGUGUGUCUGCCCUCGCCAGUACACGGCUUCCUGGAGGAUGCAGAGUGCUACAUCUCAGGAUGGGGAUCCAUGAGGGAAGGAGGUUCACUGACUAACCUGCUGCAGAAAGCCUCAGUGAGCAUCAUCGAGCAGGCGGCGUGCCAGGAGUCUUACGGGAACACGCUGACUCAUCACAUGAUGUGUGCUGGUUACAUGCAAGGAGGCAGGGACUCCUGCUUGGGAGACUCCGGGGGUCCGCUGACCUGCCGUGAAGGCUCCGGCCCGUGGUUUGUGGCAGGGGUGACCAGCUGGGGACACGGAUGCGGGCGAGUAGGUUUUCCGGGGGUUUACACUCGAGUGACUUCCGUAAGGAAAUGGAUAUCCACAUUCCUGCCCUUCUGAGGUUGGGACAAGCUGCUUUGACCCACGACAGCUUUGACCAUGACAAUGGACUCGAUGGAAAAAACCAUUACACUCAAUCACAACAGUAUUGACUUUGGUGGCCUCCUGGGGGCACAGGUGCUGGGCGGAACUUUACUGUGGGAAUCUUGUAACUAUGUAACUAUUCGAGUAUUUAUUACAACUAGGACAUUGGGUACACCUGAUAACUACAAGCACCGUAAUAAACAUACAGUAUACACAUUCAGGUGCAGGUGUACUUCCUGUACAGACGGAUGAUGCAUUUGAGGUUGUGUUCAUUUCAGGGGCGUUUCAAAUGGUAUUAGUAUGUUUCUUUGAAUAAAAAUACUCCAUAAAGCUCAA